AUGGGCACCACGGAAGUCAGCAGAGGUCAACCUGGCCUUAACUCUGAACCCCCGUACAUCAGGCCGCUCCCACUCAGGUGCACUGCCAACACCCCCCCACGAGAGGUGUCCGUGUGGUUCAUCUCCUCUGCCACUCUGCACAUGACGUGGAAGCCUUUGCCAUCUGAGGCUGGAGAUGAGGUCUACCAGUCAUCCUGUGAGGGCCAGACUUGCUUCCGGGAUGAGGAUAUAGGCACGGCCCGGACAGGGAAGGGUGUCCCGCGGCACAGGGGUUGGCACCGUGGGCAGCACCGUGGGCGGCACAAGGCCCCCGAUGCCCGAGAACGGCUCCCUCGCCAACUGCUGCGAGGGGUGACGGCUGGCCAGAAGCGGGCGGUCCUCCGAGACCCCUGGCCCCCCUGGGAGGCUCCCGUGCUGUACCCCGGGCCCAUGGCCACCACCGCCGUGGUGGACGUCGUGGGCAAUCUCCUGGUCAUCCUCUCGGUGCUCAGGAACCGCAAGCCCUGGAACGCAGGUAAUUUGUUCUUGGUGAGUCUGGCACUGGCUGACCUGGUGGUGGCCUUGUACCCCUGCCCUCUGAUCCUCGUGGCCAUCUCCCACAACGGCUGGGCGCUGGGGGAGGCGCCCUGCAAGGCCCGAGCCUCCGUGAUGGGCCUGAGCGUCAUCGGCUCUGUCUUCUCCAUCAGGGCCCUUACGUACUGCUACAUCGGCCGCAGCGAGGCCUACCGCCUGGUCCGCCGGCCCUGGUACACCCGCGUCUACACCUGCCGCCCCUGGCUCCUCCCCACAGGAGUGAGGAGCCUGUCGCCCAGCUCCUUCCUGCGGUCCCUGGAGCACCACCCAUGCAUCUACUCCUGCACCUUCCUCCAGAUGGCAGACACCAGGUACCCGGUGGCAGUGGCGCUCAGCUUCCUCCUGCCCAUCACUGUCGUGUGCUUCUGUUACCUGCCCCUCUGGGUUCUGGCGUUCCCGGCCCGUCGGAAGGCCAGGUCAGAGGGCAAGCUGCCUGUGGCCCAGGGACGCCAGAGCUUUCUAACCACGUUCACGGCGCUCGUGGUCUUUGCCAUCUGCUGGGCCCCGCUGAACUGCAUCGGCCUCGCUGUGGCCAUUGACCCAGAAGAAAUGGCUCCGCAGGUCCCAGAGGGGCUCCUUGUCACAAGCUGCUUCCUGGUUUAGUUCAACACCGCCGCAAGUGCCAUCGUCUAUGGGCUCCUGAACCGGAACUUCUGCAGGGAAUGCAAGAGGACCGUCUCUGCCCUUUGGAACCCUCGGAUCGGCUUUCAGGAGGCUUCCAAGGGCAUGGGCCUCACAGCCAAGCCCCAGAUGUUCUUGAUGCCCAGCACCCUGUCCAGGCAGGGGCCAUCUAGCCUGUAGCUAGAUGUGGGGUUCACCUGCUGGGCAGCAGACGCAUGAAACGGUA